CCCCGAGCUGGCGGGUUUGGGCUCCAGCCUGCCCGACUGCAGUGGGCGAAGAGGGAGGGUCUCGGGGCAGCUCCACCGAGGGAGGGAGCCCAGCUGGAGUGGAAACCAGCCGCAGCGAGCCACAGAGACGCGCACGGUGACCAUGGACCCGGCCGGCCCCAGCCUCGGGAGGACGCAGCGGGACCAGGACUCGGUCGAAGCGUGGCUGGACGAUCACUGGGACUUUACCUUCUCUUACUUUGUUAGAAAGGCCACCAGAGAAAUGGUCAAUGCAUGGUUUUCUGAGAGAGUUCACACCAUCCCAGUGUGCAAGGAAGGCACCCGAAGCCAAGCCGAGUUUUGCUCCUGCCCUUCACAGCAGAGUCCUCGGGCAGAUACCAGUGCCCCUGGAACACCAACCAGGAAGAUCUCUGCCUCAGAAUUUGACCGCCCUCUCAGACCCAUCGUUGUCAAAGAUUCUGAGGGAACUGUGAGCUUCCUUUCUGACUCAGAAAAGAAGGAACAGAUGCCUCUAACCCCUCCGAGGUUUGAUAAUGACGAAGGGGACCAGUGCUCAAGACUCUUGGAAUUAGUGAAAGAUAUCUCUAGUCAUUUGGAUGUCACAGCCUUAUGCCACAAAAUUUUCUUGCAUAUCCAUGGACUCAUUGCCGCUGACCGUUAUUCCUUAUUCCUUGUUUGUGAGGACAGCUCCAAUGAUAAAUUUCUUGUCAGCCGCCUCUUUGAUGUUGCUGAAGGUUCAACUCUGGAAGAGGCUUCAAAUAACUGUAUCCGUUUGGAGUGGAACAAAGGCAUCGUGGGACAUGUGGCAGCAUUUGGUGAGCCCUUGAACAUCAGAGAUGCAUAUGAGGAUCCUCGGUUCAAUGCAGAAGUUGACCAAAUUACAGGUUACAAGACACAGAGUAUUCUUUGUAUGCCAAUUAAGAAUCACAGGGAAGAGGUCGUUGGUGUAGCCCAGGCCAUCAACAAGAAAUCAGGAAAUGGUGGGACAUUCACUGAAAAAGACGAAAAGGACUUUGCUGCUUAUUUGGCAUUUUGUGGUAUUGUUCUUCACAAUGCUCAACUCUAUGAAACUUCACUGCUGGAGAACAAGAGAAAUCAGGUGCUGCUGGACCUUGCUAGUUUAAUUUUUGAAGAACAACAAUCAUUGGAAGUAAUUCUGAAGAAAAUAGCUGCCACUAUUAUUUCAUUUAUGCAGGUGCAGAAAUGCACCAUUUUCAUAGUGGAUGAAGACUGCUCCGAUUCUUUUUCUAGUGUGUUUCACAUGGAGUGUGAAGAAUUAGAAAAAGCAUCUGAUACUUUAACAAGGGAACGCGAUGCAAACAAAAUCAAUUACAUGUAUGCUCAGUAUGUCAAAAAUACUAUGGAACCACUUAAUAUCCCAGAUGUCAGCAAGGACAAAAGGUUUCCCUGGACAAAUGAAAACACAGGAAAUGUAAGCCAGCAGUGCAUUAGAAGUUUGCUUUGUACACCUAUAAAAAAUGGAAAGAAGAAUAAAGUCAUAGGGGUUUGCCAACUUGUUAAUAAGAUGGAGGAGAAUUCUGGUAAAGUUAAGCCAUUCAACCGCAAUGAUGAACAGUUUCUGGAAGCUUUUGUCAUCUUUUGUGGCUUGGGGAUCCAGAACACACAGAUGUACGAAGCGGUGGAGAGAGCCAUGGCCAAGCAGAUGGUCACAUUAGAGGUCCUGUCAUAUCAUGCUUCAGCAGCAGAGGAAGAAACAAGAGAGCUCCAGUCUUUAGCGGCUGCUGUGGUACCAUCUGCCCAGACCCUUAAAAUUACUGACUUCAGCUUCAGUGACUUUGAGCUGUCAGAUCUGGAAACAGCACUGUGCACAAUUCGAAUGUUCACUGACCUCAACCUUGUGCAGAACUUCCAGAUGAAAUAUGAGGUUCUUUGCAGAUGGAUUCUAAGUGUUAAGAAGAAUUAUCGGAAGAAUGUGGCCUAUCACAAUUGGAGGCAUGCCUUCAAUACAGCUCAGUGCAUGUUUGCCGCCCUAAAAGCUGGCAAAAUCCAGAACAAGCUGACCGACCUAGAGAUACUUGCAUUGCUGAUUGCUGCACUCAGCCAUGAUUUGGAUCACCGUGGUGUGAACAACUCAUAUAUCCAGCGGAGUGAACACCCCCUUGCCCAGCUCUACUGCCACUCUAUCAUGGAGCACCACCACUUUGACCAGUGCCUGAUGAUCCUUAAUAGUCCAGGCAAUCAGAUUCUCAGUGGCCUCUCCAUUGAAGAAUAUAAGACCACACUGAAAAUAAUCAAGCAGGCUAUUUUAGCUACAGACCUAGCACUGUACAUUAAGAGACGAGGAGAAUUUUUUGAACUUAUAAGAAAAAAUCAAUUCAAUUUGGAAGAUCCUCAUCAAAAGGAAUUAUUUUUAGCCAUGUUGAUGACAGCCUGUGAUCUUUCUGCAAUUACAAAACCUUGGCCUAUUCAACAACGGAUAGCAGAACUUGUAGCAACUGAAUUUUUUGAUCAAGGAGACAGAGAGAGAAAAGAACUCAACAUAGAGCCCACUGAUCUAAUGAAUAGGGAGAAGAAAAACAAAAUCCCAAGUAUGCAAGUUGGGUUCAUAGACGCCAUCUGCUUGCAACUGUACGAGGCCCUGACCCACGUAUCAGAGGACUGCAUGCCUUUGCUAGACGGCUGCAGGAAGAACAGGCAGAAAUGGCAGGCUCUUGCAGAGCAGCAGGAGAAGACCAUGGUGAAUGGGGAAAACAGCCAGGCCAAGCGGAACUAAGCUGCCUGUUCCUCAGAAUCGGAGUUUGCCGAGACCGUGUAUCUGCAGUAUACCUGGUUUCACUGUGCACUGUUUAGAUUGGGUGUAGAUUUUGCCACUGCUAAAUUUUUAUUUUUGCACAACUUUGUAGAGCAUAGCAUGAAUGUUUUUAGUGCUCAAUUGCAUUUUUGUCCGUACAUUUGUUACAUGCCACUGAAGUGAUUAACGGCAUCCAGAAGUACCAGGGCCUGGGUGCCAGUUAGCCAAGAGGAAAGUUCUGACGGAGGAUCCUUCUGAGAAUUGGUGUUUGAAUGCAAUUGAGAAACCGCCAUAUUUUGUCUAUAGCAGCCAUGACAAACCUCUUAGAGCUUUCGCUGACGCAAAGAACCCGCUGUGGUCCUUGUGCCAUAGGUUCACCACCCCUGCCUUAUAGGAUGAGUCAAGCCAAAAUCAAAGAGUUUGGGGUGUGUAAACUAAAUACUGACUUUUAGCUCAUAGUCUGGGGAAUUUCCUUCCCAUAAGUAUUAGUAGCUCAUAUUUUCUUGGAAUAUGAGCCCAUUGGUGCCCCUGAAUUCACUUUGGAGAAGUAGAUAAUGAACUGAGCAGCUACUUUAAGAAAGGAAAGUCUAUUCCAAAUUUGAAUAAAUGUUCAGAUUUGGGGACAAUAGGAAAAGAGCUUUGAUUUUUUAGUUUCCACCCUCAUCCCUCCAAGAAAAAAAAAUGGUAUUUAAACUGAUUUUCUAUUACCGAUUUG